CCUCAGAAAAGCAGAGCUGAGCAGCAGAGGGCUCAGUUCCCUCAGACGCUCGCACAGCACAGGACAGCACACUGCAGGGACUGGUAGCUCACAAGCCUGUGGACUGCUGAAGGAUACAGAAUGCAAAUGAAUAUUUGUAUUUGGACAACAGUAAAAACAUACUGUUUUGACGUGACUGGGAGGGCUUUAGAAUUCUAAGCUGGCUAAACCAAGUUUAAUCUUUUAGCAGAAGAUACUGAAGUGAUUGAGAUUAUCCCCAUUUACAUUAGAGAAAGGCUCUGUGCUGCUGAAGAGUUUGCUGUCACUGAAUUGUACUAACAUUGCAGAGGACCAAGUUUGAAAGGAUUAUACAAAUGAACCGGAGACACAAAAGAGCCAGCGUGAUGUUCGGCUGGCAUAAAACAUUCACUAGUCUGGCUCCAUGGAGAAAAGGGAAAAAGGAUAUGCCGUUGGAGAGCGAAGUGGUGCUGACCAAGAUGAAGAUCCUAACGAAUAACAUCCAAGCAGAGUUUGUGAGUGCUGAAGAGUCUCUCGCCAACGACUCCAUUGCAGAGUCAGACAUGCCCUCAGAGAGCCACGAGGAGCCGCACUCUCUACCAGGGCAAAGUCAGAACAAGCCCGGCUAUUUGACACCAUAUUCUGACCUCAGCACUGAGGAAUCCAAAUGCAGCAGGCUGUCCAAGCUGUUCAAAUUUGAAUCGGAGGACUCUGGUGUGGAGCUGCCUAGUGGAGCCAAUUCCCCGUCUACUCCUACAGGCUCGGAGCAGAGCUUCGUAGUCCACAGCAGGGGCUCCUCUUGUGAUUCUGGGGAUCUGAGCACUUCUCCUGCCUCCGGUCCAGUCAUGGACCACAUAUUCCUGCUCAGCAAGUGCCCAGAGAUGGAGGAGACAGACAAUUCUGUUCAGCAAGCAGUCAGGGAGAAGAAUAUGGAGUCCAGUGAGCCUCCAAGCUCUGAAAAUACCCCAACUGACUUCACUGAACGCCAGAAAACAGGUGGUUCUUUUUUUAACCACAGCCAUGAGAACAUUGUUGAGGAGACAGACAAGGAUGUGGAAGAGGCUUCUAGACUGGAGGUUCCUACAGAAAUUCCCAUUGAUGAUACCAGGCCAGUUAGCAGUGGAUUCAGGGAGGCUUUUGAUGAUAUGACGGAAGGUGAUCUUGAGGAACAGCGGUUACAGAAGUAUUCCACUAGUGACAGUCUGGAUGAAUACAUGGACGAGUGCUGUAGGUUAAGUGAGGUAAACCAGGGGAAGGUGAAGGCGCUCGGCUCUGGCCUGGGAUACCUAGAGCAUAUCUGCCAGCUCAUUGAGAAGAUCGGCCAGCUCCAGGAGCACAACCUCAAACUCCAGAAACAAAUCUGCGGCCUACACAAAGAGAGCAGGAUGAAGCAAACGAAGGAGGAGUACUUCUUGCAGCACUGUUCCUGUGGAGCGGCCACCUUGGCAUUUCAGGAGCUGAAAAGACAUUCGAUUCACAGGAGUGAGUUCCACAACCUGACGCCGUCCAACAGCACCCUGUCUGACCUGUCAACAAUACCAGAAAUAGCCAGAAGGCCUGACAGGUUGAGGAAGAAAGGGACUGACGCACAAGCAGAGCCGGGACAUAAUCCCCUGGCAUCUGUACUGAGGAGGAGUCGAAGGAGCUGGGUGGAGACUGACCGGUGUGACAGUGAGGAGGCCCUGACCAGCACCCUCCCUCAGACCCAGACCAUGAGACGGAGUGAAAAUCACCACUGGGGAAAAGUCAAGGACUUGGUGAAGAAGACAAAGCUUAGAAACCAGAGCAGACUGGGGCUGUCAUCCAACGCACUGAAGAGAUCCUGCCCACAGCUCUACAGGCCCGAUCUGGGAUCAGCUGACCUGCCAAGGAGAGACAGAAACUCCAUGAUCGCACUGGGGAAUAAACAUGAAUACCUCUGGCCUCACUAAGCCAAACAUGCAGGAGUUCUGGGCAGUGAACGUAAGAUGUGACAAGGCUGGACGGAGUGUGUCUGGGAUAGGGGCUUGCUGAAGAAGAUGGGAAAUGGAAGAGAGAAGAGGUCUUUUGAAGGACGAUAAAUAUGCACUACAGUUACAAAAUAGCAGGCUUUCCAAAUGGUGUUACAAUGUGAGAUAAUGAAUCACUGAUCCGUACCGUUUUAUAAGUGGACUUUACUGAUGAAAAUAAAAAGGGAAACAAUGGCAAUA